CUGUUAUGGUUCCCCCGUCGUGCGCAGACCUCACGUGAAGCAGGGCGCUAGCUGCUAAUUGUUUUGUGAUUUUCUUGGAUUUGUUUGGUUUAUAAAUUUCAACAUGAAUCUAACACAAGACCUGGAGCUUUUUCCCGGCCACAGAGUGACUCAAAUGCUUUUCAAAGAGGUUAAAAAUGCGGCAGAGUUACGACAAAGUGCCGUCGAGGGUAAAAUAAGUGGGGCUUUGAUCAACCCAACUAUGCUGGUGGAUCCUUUGCAAGUGCUGGUAGCUGCCAACAAAGCGGUUCAUUUACAGACAAUUGGAAAAAUGAAAACCAGGAGUCUCUACUCAGAGAUCAUCUUCAACCUGUCACCUACUAAUAAUAUCUCGGAGGCCUUCAAAAGAUUUGGGAUCUCGGAUGGAGAUGAGUCCGUCAUGGUUGUUGUGGUCCACAAGAAGGACGAGGUGCAGCUUCUGUCAGACGUCACAGCCAGAGUGGACGGACGGCAGGUUCCAGCGGAGGAUGUUUCCUCGUUGUCGGACUCUGCCAAGAUCAAAAAGCUUUACAAAGUCGCUCCUCAGGAAGACAAAUGUGGGACUCUGCUUGACGCAGUUAUCUGCAGAAUGGCCACCAAGGACGUCAUGUAGCGCCGUCAGAUGUAAGGACAUAAAACUGACACAUUCUCAAGGAAAGCUUGUUGUAUUUCUGUUAAGACAUUAAGAAUGGGUUUACUGUUUUUAAUACACUCUAAAGUUAAAAGCCUCCUGCAACCAUUGUCCAUCUUGCAGUCAAAUCUGUCAACUCCAGCUAAAUUCAUGCUUCAUGUAUACUGAGCUCCCAGCAGAGCAAAAUAUAUCUUAUUUUUCAUAA